CACGUAUUGCAUCGGCGUUCGAUUCAUAUAGACUAGGGAUUGUGCUAGUCGUUUAACCGGAGCUGAAAGGAAUCGAGGAUGAUAUCUUCUCCUUAGGUAUAAACUUGCAAAGUUCUCCACAGGUUGUGGCCUUUGGCAGGAUGUCAGGAUGGCAAGUGGCCCUGGCUUGCCGGACAGCCUGGUGCUGGAAAUCUUCUUGCAUCUCCCUCAUAAGGCAGUUCUGAGCGCAGGGUUCACCUGUCGUCAGUGGUUUGCUGUGUCGCGGGAUGAAUUUCUCUGGAAGGAGCUCCUCUACAACUACUACUGCAUCCCACGCUCAGUGCCUCGCCACCCUGCGGCUGUGUCGUGGUACAGGGAGUUCAAGCGGCUGUAUGACUGCAUUCCCUGUGUGGAGGUUCAGACUCUGAAGGAGCAUCAUGAUCAGGUCCUGCAUUUGGCCUUCUCUCACCGUGGACAUCGCUUCUCUUCCUGCUCAAAAGACUGUACCGUUAAGCUUUGGGACACGGAACGAUCAGAUGGCACCAUCUCUUUGGUUCACAGCUCCAGCAUGCGGCAGUUUAACUGGGGCUACACUCAGUUCUCCCAGUUUAACGUCGAUGACACACUGCUGCUGGUGUCGGGGGUAUACCUGGGCCCACAUCAGUCCUCUUCUGGAGAGAUUGCAGUCAUCAGUUUGGAGAACUACACUCUGCUGUCCCGUGUGAGAAAUAAGCCAUAUGAUGUGUUUGGCUGCUGGCUGAAUGAGACUCACCUGAUCUCUGGUAACCUGCACUGGAUUGGCAACAUGACCUCCUGCUCUGUGCUCUGGCUCAACAAAGCCUUCCAGGACAUUGAGUCAGAAAACGUGAAUGUGGUGAAGCGUCUGUUUAAGAUCCAGAACAUCAAUGCCAGCACUAUCCGCACAGUGAUGGUGGCCCACUGCCGUCGACACGACUCUCCUGACCUCCUUCUGGACUAUGAAGCUCAGUCAAAGGCUCAAGCUCAGCAGACACAGCAGCACCAGCCUCUCUUCUUUGAUCUGGGAAACACAGACAGUGAAGAGGAGGAGGAUGAGGACAAGGAGGACAAGGAGGAUGAGGAGGAUGAGGAGCGAGGAGAAAAAAGAGUGUCAGCACAUCUGCCCUCAUUUAACCCGUCUGGGAUUCAGCAUGUUAUACACGGUCGUCAGAGCAUAGCUGCUCGUGAACGAGAGUUGGAGACAAAGGUGGCCAGGUUGAUGGGCAGCAGACGCACCAAAGCUCCUGAUCCGAACCUGGUGUCUCCCUCAGCUCAUGGAGAAGGAGAGGACAAGACCUACCUCCUCUUCACCACCGGCAGCCUUACCUACUCGCCUCACCAAAUAGGCAUCAAGCGGAUAAUGCCUGAUCAAAUGACGACAUGCGGUCCUGUGUUAGGAGAGGAGCGCAGUACAGAUGAAUUCUUCGACUCACUGGAUCAUGUGAUCGACAUUCACGGCCACAUCAUUGGCAUGGGUCUGUCACCUGACCAUAGGUACUUGUAUGUGAACAGUCGAGCGUGGCCGGCAGGCUGUGUCAUCUCUGACCCCAUGUCCCCUCCACCCAUCGCAGAGGAGAUAGACCUGCAUGUGAUUGAUCUGAAGAGUCUUCGAGAGGAACGCCGCAGCCUUCGAGCCCACCGGGCCUUCACACCCAACGAUGAGUGCUUCUUUAUCUUCCUUGACGUCAGCCGAGACUUCGUCGCCAGCGGUGCAGAGGACAAGCACGGUUACAUCUGGGACCGGCACUACAACAUCUGCCUGGCUCGCCUGAAACACGAUGACGUGGUCAACUCAGUGGCCUUCAGCCCAGCAGACCAGGAGCUGCUGCUGUCUGCCAGCGACGACUCCACCAUUAAAGUGUGGCGCUCGCCACGCAUGGUGCGCCUCGCCGAGGCACCCCAGCGCCCCCCUCGGGCUCGCAAACUGCUCUCCUCCUUGCUUGGCCGCAGAAGUGCUAAUCUGAAUGGUAAACCCUGACCUGGACCCUGGCGGGCGUAACGCAAGAGGAAAGCACCACAGAAGGACACUCCAUGAGCAGAGGGACACGUGUGAGGAUUCCACAGUGGUCUCUAUGAGAAGAACAAGGAUACGUGCAUUCUUGUGUGGCCCUUUUACAGGAUGUGCCGUGACCAACAGAUAGCCGGAAGAUGAGAAGCAUCAAAAUAAAAUGGGCUCUUUAGAACUCCAUACUGGUGAAAGAUCGCUGAUGCACAUGAAAACGUAGGAGACGGACAUUAAGAUGACGUGUGACUUCAAGAGCAAAGAACCAAGGCUAUCAAGGUCACAUUCACAUAUACGUGUGUAAUUUGAAAGCCCAUUUAACUCUGUCAUAAUGAAUGAAGCACGUCUGCACGUUUGUACUUUUAUUUAAGUAUUUUGUUGGCACCUUUUUUAGUAGAUGUUAUGCAAGCGACCUGAUGAUCAGAACAAGGACAUGGUCAAAUUAAUUAAAUACUAACAGAGAAAAAUCUACGUUCUGCUACAAUUUUACAACACAACUAUGUCACUGGUGUUUCAUCUCUGUUCCAGUUUUUUGUAAAGGAGGAGCAGUUUGAUUUAACUUUAUUACAGAAUGACAAUGCAGAUGUUUAUUCCUAAGCUACCCCAUAUAGCCUUUAUAUCCACUGUGCAAAUGGAUUGUGUCAUACAGGUUUUAACGAUCAUACUAUAUUGAAAAGGUACAAGCAUUUGGUUUUAACAAUGCACCAGUGCUGCACCUCUGUUAUGGUGGCAUAUUUAUUUUAUAUUUAUCUAGUAUGACACAUUUCAAGAGAUUUUGUUUAGGUUGGACCAUUAAAAUUACCAAAAAGCUAAAGGAAAAAAAAGUUCAAACACCGACCAUUUUAUUUUCAUUACAUGUUUAUGUAGGUGAGCUUUGUGACUUCAUAGCACUGAGGUACUAUGCAGAAUCAGGGUGCUUUGCUACUUCAUAUCCGUAAGCAUGUUUACCUCACCUUUCGGUGUCAUAAGCUCACAUUGUUUACUAGCAUUAAAUAUUCAGCAAAGGUGCUCAUUUUUGUUUAUAAUUUCAGAUGUCAUGAAAAAGUGACUCUAAAAUGCUCCUCCAUGCCUCACAUAUAUGGUCUACAUGUGUGAAGCUCAGCUGUAAUGUUACUCAUGCUUAUGACUUUUUGUUCAUUUCAUUUUGGUUCCUUAAGAUUUUAUUUAUGCACAUCAAGUGAUUUCAAUUUGAUCUCCUUGUAAUAAUGUAGUUUGAGCAUUCAUCUUUGUGGUUGUGGUGUUGUUUUGUUUUUAAUGGACCUGAUUCUCUGUGUGACGUUUGUUUGAGCUUGUGCAUCUGAUUUUCCCAUCUGCCCUUUUGCUAUUUGACAUCAGUAGAUUUUGUACUGUGGAAUGUGUAAAAUUUGUUUGGCCCAUUAAACAAUUUUCCUUUUACCAGA